AUGGGAUCGGCUUUGGCAUUCUCACCUCAGCCUCAUCGAGCAAAGAUACCACUGACGAGUGGUGUUGGAUCCAAUUUUGAGAAAAGGCGUAAUAGUCAUCCCCGAUUUCAAAAAUCAAGGCGGCAACGAACCACAGAACUACAGAGUGGGUUUUCGGUUCCUCAAACACCUAUCUACUUGAGUUUAUUGGCGAUUCAAUUCGGUUGUCAGCCUAUCCUGACGAAAGCGCUAGUUCCAAAGUCCAUCGUGAGAAGCACAGUUCUUUUGGCACAAGAUUCAUCAAGGUUUCUGUUGUGUCUCAUCAUGCUACUGAUCACUGGUGAUUUUGGAAAGUCAAUCAGUCAAUGGACGCUCCAGAGUGCACUUCUGGGUGCCGGCAUUCCUUCCGUACUGUACUUGAUCCAAAACUACUGUUCCCUGAUAGCCUACCAAAAUCUGCCUCCAGUGACUUUCAACAUCUUGAAUCAAACGAAAACUUUGUCUGCUGCAUUAUGCUGUUACUUAGUGAUGGGAAAGCGACAGUCGUCAUUUCAAGUUGUGUCUCUUCUGAUUCUACUCUUCUCUGCUCUAGUGCUGGCAGGUCUUGUGCCGCUUGGGAUUGGAAAGGCAAAGCAGGAGGAGUCAUUGGAGAUGAAAUUUAGCAGCAGUGUUCCCGAAAGCGAUAGGGCUGAUUUUGUGUCGGGAGUUAUACCGAUUCUCGUAGCAAGCUUCAUUUCCGGUCUCGCUGGUGCCCUUACCCAAAAGACGCUUCAAAGCACAUCUUGCAACCCAUUUGUCUUGAGUAUGGAACUGAGCCUAUUUUCAACUUUGAUCUUGCUCACUAGCCUAUUCAUGGGUAGCCCAGAUGGCAAAAGAUUGCGCGAGGAUAAGAUUACCGCGGGUUGGUCAUGGAAGACAUGGAUUCCUGUCGUUACGAAUGCUACUGGAGGUUUGUUGGUUGGUUUGGUCACAAAACAUGCAGGUGCAGUGAAGAAGGGGUUCGCCCUCAUUUUUGGACUGGUGCUUUCUGGAGUUCUUCAGACUCGGUUUUCUGACGGUGAUGAUACCAUUUCAUUGCAACAGGUCGCAGGUGGGGUUCUGGCAUCCAUUAGUUUGUGGAUGCAUUCGGCAUUUCCCCCCUAA